GGAUUAUGUUAUCGUCAUACACGAGUGGCUUAGAGAUUGGUUGUUUAUGCAUUUUGUAUAUUAUUCCUGUGCUCAUUCACGUUCAGCAUCACACCCAUUCCGCCGUGCGAUUGCAUAAUAACGAUAUAACGCCACUGCAUCUUCCAAACCACAGCUAUACUGCAGACUUUAUUUUUCAACGACGUACUUAUAUCCAAACAAUAAUAAUUGUUUCUAAACUUUCCCCGCAGUACAAACGGCCUUUUAUUAUACACAAUAGUAUAAUAUAUUGUUCGUUGGUCCGUCGUCGCAUUAGUUCUCGAAAAUUUGUUGUGGAAAACGCACCAAACAUUGACGAAUAGGAUCGACGCCAUUUCAGCCAUGUCAGGAUCGACGCUUAAAAGACUAUCACCCCCGUUAUACGUAUUGUGGUUUGCUACAUUGCUUUUUCAAGAAACUGUAAUAACCAAUUCUGGUCAAGAGAAAACGAUCAUAUCAAACAUUGAUUCAUUAAUAGAGGAAGUGUUACCACUGCCAUGUAAAUGCGUAAUGUAUUAUUUAUGUCCGACUAAUACGAUUGAUUCAGUUCAGAGAAUUGUAUUAGAUCCAAGGUUUCAAAAUAUUUCAUGUGAUAAAGAAUUGGAAAAAUGCUGCAUCGCUACUGCUCCAUCGAAAGUAGUUGAGAAAAUAGUUGACGUACCUAUAGAGCGUACGAUUUGUGGCCAUCGGAACUCUGACUUUACAGAAAUAUUAAGUCCACGAAUAAAUGGAUAUAAUACGAAAUUCGGCGAGUUCCCCUGGAUGAUGGCAAUUCUCAAAAUAGAUUCACAUACCCAGUCAAAAACUUUCAUAGGCGGUGGUUCAUUGAUACACCCACGAGUCGUGUUGACUGCAAUUCAUGCCUUACGAGAGAAUGACCAGAACGAUCUAUUGAUUCGAGCUGGUGAACAGGAUUCAACAACGCAAAACGAACCAUUACCGUACCAAGAAAGCAAAGUUUUGAAAAUAAUCAAACACGAAAAAUUUUCCUAUGCUGGACUCUUAAACGACGUAGCACUGAUCAUUCUUACCCAUCCGUUCAACCUGACAGAAAAUGUAGGCACUAUUUGUCUACCCAGCCAGAAUUACGUAUUCUCUGAAGAAACAUGCUACGCCAGCGGUUGGGGCAAAGAUAAAUUUGGUAAACUUGGCGAAUAUCAAAGCAUUUUAAAAAAAGUUGAUUUGCCAAUUGUGCCAUUUGGUCGAUGCUUGAAACUGUUAAGAAAAACCGGUUUGACCCAGGAUUUCAUAUUGCACGAGAGUUUUUUAUGUGCCGGUGGGGAAAAAGGCAAAGAUACUUGCCAAGGUGAUGGCGGAAGUCCCCUGAUAUGCCCACUUAAGAACAAUCCUAAACAAUAUCAUCAGGCUGGUAUCGUGGCAUGGGGAGUCGGAUGCAACAAUGAGAUACCUGGCGUAUAUGUAAACGUGGCUAAGUUUAGAGAAUGGAUCGAUGAAAAAAUGGCUCAAGAAAAUUUCGAUACGAGUUUCUAUGAUCCGAAUUAUAAUCCAAACACGUCUGCUGAUGACUUCGACUUGAGCUUGAAUAACGCGAAUGCCAUUCCACGGGGUUUAUAAUUACAUUUUGCGUGGUUAACAGGUUCACACUUGUAAACGUUAUUAAAAUUCAAAUGAUAAACGAACAAAUAAUAAAAUACAAUAAACAAAUUAUAUGGAUUUAUAAAAUGUAUAUAGUAUCUAUAGGUACCAAACAAAACGUACAAUAAAUCGGAACAAUAUAUUAUGAAGUUUUUAAAACAAAAACGAAUGCAAAACGAAAUAGUAUAAUUAUAUUUAAGUUUUUAAUAUCACUAUUAGUUAAUAUUUUUACAAUAAUAUAAAUAUAAAUUUAAUGUCACACCUAAACCGCACAUAUCUCUAGUUCAUAAAACAAUCAACAAUUGUAAUAUCAAUUUUUUUCUUACAUUCAAAUUAUAUCAAAUGAUCUCUUAUUACUGUAAACAAUUAAUAUUAACAUUUUAAUUCAACAUUGUUCUAAUUAACACAAAUGUUUUAUUAUACCAUAGGUUAAUAUGUUCAAUAUUAUUGUACCGUAAAUAUAUUAUAUUGUAUAAUAACUCCACUCUUCUUUAUAUUAUUUUA